AUGGCACAGACACGGGGCACCUCCGCAGAGGGGCCUCGUCCCUCCUACAUGUACAAGGUGGUCCUGCUGGGCAGCAUGUCCGUGGGCAAGUCAAGCCUGGCCUACAGAUUCGUGAGAAACGACUUCAGGGAUCUGCUGCCAACCGUGGGAUGCUCCUUCUUCAUACAGACACUCGACUUGGAUGAGGCCACUGUAAAGUUUGAGAUCUGGGACACAGCGGGCCAGGAGAAGUACCAGAGUGUCUGUCACCUGUACUACCGGGAUGCCCACGCUGCCCUCCUCGUUUAUGACAUUGCUAACAAGAAAACACUCAGCAGAGCAAAGCUGUGGCUGGAGGAGCUGGAGAAGAGAUUCCUUCCCAAUGAGAUCGUGAUUGCUCUGGUGGGCAACAAGACAGACCUGGAUGCUGAGCGAGAGGUCAGCACUGAGGAGGGGGAAGAGUUUGCAAGGACAAAAGGCCUCCUGUUCAUGGAGACAUCUGCAAAAUCCAACCAUCAAGUCAAUGAUGUCUUCAUGGCUGUAGUCCAAGAGCUCCUGAGGAGGGAAAAAGAGAAGGCAUCCAAGCCAUCCCCACAUGGGAGGUCGACCGUGGACCUGAGGGCGAGCGGGGCGAGGACGAGGUGCUGCUGGAGCUGAGGAGGUGAUGCUGAGGGACAGUGACAAAGCAGGGGGGGCUCAGAACUGCAGGGACCUCAGCCUGACCUCCCUCCCUCUCAGAGCCAGUUCAGAGCCCAUCCUGGGUACACGGCGCCUCUGCAACCCUUCAGCACCAUCUUCAGACGGAAGAUAAAGCACAGGGGUUUUCUCCCACCAAUCUUCCAUUUCCAAAGAAAAGCACAACCUGCCAGGAACACUGCCAACAACCCUGACUGGUGACAUCCCCCCACCCCAAGCUGUCACCUCCUCCAUCUCUCUUCCCAUGUGAAAAGGGAGAGUUUAAUUUCCUGUAGCAAAGAUCCCGAUGGUUUUAGAUCCAGGCUGCAA